GAAGAAGGUUUGAGGCUGCUUUGAGACCGUCUUACAGAUUCCCUGGUGUAUUUUCCUGCCUGACAAGCUCUUGUUUACAAGCUGGAGAGCAAAGAAAGCCCUGAAGAAUCAAAAAUUGUGAAAAAUGGAGAGUCUGCUGGUGUUACCUGCCCUGUUUGCUGCCUGAGGUGAUAUUUGAGAGCUGCUGCUUCAUGACUUUGUGCUUAAAAUCAAGCCUGGAGUGAUUCAAGUGAGUUUCCACCCUAGGACAAGAUUUUCUUCCCUUUAACGCUCCAGGAUAAAGUGUCAAAGUUGAUCUACAGUUGGAUCAGCGUUACCCAUUCCCUGCUUGUGUGGGCAGCACCUACAGCAGAGAGGGGCAGCAUCAAUCAGAAAUGACCCAGGCAGCCCUGAGCCUUUCCUCCAGGACUGUGGGGGAGAGGCAGAAAGGGAAAAGCUCCCCAAGCAUCAAGAGCUUUCCAGCCACAUGUGCGUAAAAAUCUCUUCCCGUGCCACGUGACCGAGGAAGAGGCACAGAUCCAUUACACAAUAAUAAAAAUAUGCCUUUGGCAACGUGGAGCCAAAGUGGAGCUGCUGCAGGAAACUCAAACUACGCACCAGAAGGAGUAAAACAGGAACAAAAAGGACCCAAGUCAAUCCUGCCCAGCCCUCCCAGGACCUGCUGUGGCAGGACAGGGCUGGGGAUCUGCAGCAAAACAUCUGCCUGAAGCCCUGGGGGCUGCCAGCCCCUGUCAGGACCUCGCUGGGGAGACCAGGCUGAAAACUCCAUGAGCCAAGUCCUUGGAAUCGCAUCCCACCAAGCAAACAGCUCCCCCACCCUGCCGAGACAGCCGAAGAAUCUCCCAUUUCCAUUCGGGUUUCCCCAGCAGUGGUGCCACAGCUGCUCCACACCCCGCCUCCUCCCCGCAGGCUGUGCCAUGAUCUCUGCUGCGCUGCUCCUCUGGACCGUGCCCUGCGUGGCCAACCACAUCCUGGGCGGCUUCGGGCGGCGGGAGCUGCAGGAGGGCGCCCAGCUGGCCUGCAGCCUGCCGGGGCCCCCCGGGCCCCCCGGGCCCCCCGGCCUGCCCGGCGCCCCCGGCACCGUGGGCAGGAUGGGCUUCCCGGGCAAGGACGGCAAGGACGGCCAGGACGGGGACAAGGGCGAGCACGGCGACCAAGGUCCCCAGGGCAAAACAGGAAACCCUGGCAAGCCAGGCCCCAAGGGGAAAACAGGAGCCCUUGGCAAGGCAGGGCCCCGGGGGCCCAAGGGAUUAAAGGGCAAUCCCGGGAAAAUCGGGGCCCCGGGGAAGAAAGGGCCCAAAGGGAGCCAGGGUGAGCCUGGGCUGCCAGGACCCUGCAGCUGCAGUGGCAGCAGGGCCAAGUCUGCCUUUUCUGUGGCAGUGUCCAAGAGCUACCCCAGGGAGAGGCUGCCCAUCAAGUUUGACAGGAUCCUGAUGAACGAGGGAGGCCAUUACAACGCUUCCAGUGGCAAGUUCAUCUGCAGCAUCCCAGGGAUUUACUACUUCACCUACGACAUCACCUUGGCCAACAAGCACCUGGCCAUUGGGCUGGUGCACAAUGGCCAGUACAGGAUCAAGACUUUUGAUGCCAACACCGGGAACCACGACGUGGCCUCUGGAUCCACCAUCCUGGCCCUGAAGCAGGAGGAUGAGGUGUGGCUGCAAAUCUUUUACUCAGAGCAAAAUGGGCUCUUUUAUGAUCCCUACUGGACAGACAGCUUAUUUACUGGAUUCUUGAUUUAUCCUGACCAAGAUUAUCUCAAUGAAGUGUAGGAUGAGAAACUAUGGGGGAAAAGAGGAAAUGGGAUUCAAUCCAACAGUGUGGCCUUACAUGGGGCAUGUCUGGGAUUAUCAGAUGAUUCCAUAUUUGCCUAUGGGAUUAUCAGUUGAUUGCACCCUGUAUGGGCUAUUUAGACUUUUCCUUGAUGUCACCAAACCCACAGGGUACCUUCCAGGCUUUCAGCAGCCUCAUGAAUGUCUCCAUCCCAAAGCCACCCGUUUUAUAUUCCAUGAUUAUUCCAACACACCAUGGACAUGUAACUCAAAUACUGGUGCAGAAUGCUUUGGCUAUUGCAUUGUUAUAAUAAAAUAUGGAAACCAACAGAAAUUUCCUAGAGCUGAGCUGGGAAGUGCCAUUGAUGCUGGAGAUCGUCACUGGGCCUCUUCCCCUACACCCCAGCACAAUCCUUGUUAAUGGAAUUAGGCUUUGCCAGCCACUUCAGAGUCAGGAAUUUGUCAGCUGGAGUUGUAAAAGUCCCUCCCAGCCCCAUCAAGGCAGUUCUAACAGCAAAGACAUCUGGUCUGCAAAGGAAGUGAUUAAAAGGUCUUUUUUUUUAAGGUUCAGGGCUCCUCCCAGGGCACAAAGUGGUGCUCUGAGCACCACUGGUGUCCCUCAGAGCACAGAAUCAGAGUCACAGAAGGGUUUAAAUCUCAUCUUGCUCCACCCCUGUCAGAUAUUUAGGUAAGCAUUUACAUGAGGAUGUUUGUAAUACCAAGAAAGAGAC